UCGCUUUCGCUAUUCACAAGCGACUUACACCAUGUAAAUGCGCCUGUCGCAUCUAAAAGGAAGACUUCAGCAACGCACUCUGCGUUUUACAGCGUGUAGUUGCCGUUGUCAAUUUUCUUCUUUUCUUCUUCUUGUCGUACCGUUGCGCCAUGGCCGACCUGCAAAUGACGCCGGGGCAGUCGCCGCCUCUUGCUGUAAUAACUGACACGGACCAACGAGGAGUUCUGUACAUCAUAACCGCUCUCGGUCUCGCAACGGUCGCAACCUCCCUGCUCAUCAGGUCGUAUGUCCGAGUCGAGUUCAGUCACUCGUAUGGCAUGGAUGACAUAUCUAUCGGUGUAUCGUCUCUACUCUUUGUCAUCCAGUCUGCUCUCGUAAUAGUCGCUACUAGGGAAGGCAUUGGAAGAACCUUGUCAGACGUUACCGACUUGGAUGCACUACAGAAGACCUAUUAUGCUUCCAAUCUUUUCUACAUUCUCAGCCUGUGGACGUCGAAAAUCUCGAAUCUUCUCCUUAUCUUUCGAUUGAGCGCACAGAGGGCGCACAAACUCACUACUCAAGCAAUCAUAGCCUUCACCUCAUUGCUCGGCGUCGUAAGCUUCCUGCUUGUUGCCCUUGUGUGCGACCUGAGUCACCCUUGGGUCUUCGUAGGACAGAAAUGCUCUGGCGUUGGGGCCCGUUGGGAGGCAGUAGCGGCUUUCGAUAUAAUCACCGAGCUUGCGGCAUUCGCAGUGAUCUUCUAUAUCCUAUGGGACGUUCAAAUUGCUCGCAACAAGAAAACGGCCAUAAUUACUGGCUUUGCGUUCCGUCUGCUAAUGAUAGCACCUUUGGCAGUCCGUCUGGGCUACAUCGUCUCCAACCUCGACGCUCAAGACCCCACACUUCGACAGGAUAAGGUGGUCGUCAACACCCAGACCGAGCUUGUUGUGGCCCUCGUCGCUGCAACUGUUCCCUGCUUGAGACCGUUCAUGGGCGCUGUUGAUACUAGCUUUGGAGCUGCUGCUGCUGGAACCUCGUUGGCAGGGUCCGGGUAUGCCAAGCGCAGUACAAGAUCGGGAAAUGCUCGUCAAUAUAGCAAUGAGAGCAAACAAGUCUUGAGCUCCAAUGGUUUUCGCAUUGGAAGAAAGAAGAAAGGCGUCGACGAAUUAGCCAGUCACGAUGACAUCGCAUUGGAACCCAUCAGCCGAUCUUGGACUGGCAAAGCAGGCUUGGAAGAUCAAACCGAAGAGCGACAUACCUCGACCACGACCAAACAAAGUGCAGAUGACCACCAGAGCGUGGGAAGCCAGGACAGUCAACAGAUGAUCAUCCGCCGUGACGUUGAGUGGAAUGUUCGAUACGAGUCCCGCCAGGACGAGGCCGAAAAUGUCAUGGAGAGGAUGGAAAGGUACAACACCCAGCCACGCCGAUAACGGGCAGUGCGGUGCGUUUUACAUGCUCGACAUAUGCCAUGAUUGACGACAAACUCUGUUUGGAGUCUAGGAAGGAAAUUAAAUGGGUAAACACUGCGAAGCCGGGAUCUGGAUUUUGUUUUUCAGAGGAACAAAUAUGUAAAAGUAAAGAGGCUAGAACUUGUCAAGAUUGAGGAAAAGUUGUAUAUACGGAUACAAAAAGCCUUGUAUGGAGUAGAUGUUAGGAACUAGGGAAAGGGAAGGCAUCUUUGAGCUGGAAUAUGUGCUGUACUGUACAAAGUAAGGUAGAGACCUGGGUCUCCA